CUCUCCCGCGACAUGGUUUCAGUUUCUGUUCAAAGUAAACAAAGAUGGUGAACUCAAACUGAAAAAAACACAAAACAAAUCCGGGUUGCAUAUAGGAGUCUCUGCCUGUACCCGUUUGCCCGGCCCAUUCGCGUGGGUUGAAUAAAACGGGCAAUAUUUAUAUGGGUUUAUCUGUUUAUUCAGGACCCGCUUAUAGCAAGCCCAAAAAGUAAGUACAUUUUGACCCUGCAACAACCAGAGACCUCUACAGUCUUUCAAAUCCUUACUGGCUUCCUCCACAGGGUGGUGGAGAAAUAGAACAAAUUUAGAAGAAGCUCUGACAUAAAGGUUGAAAAUGAGUGCUGAAGCUUUGCAAGUUGCUAAGGUGUACCGCCACCUUCUCAGGGCUGUCAAGAAACACGUUGCCAAAGAAGACAGGGCGAGGCAUUUCAAAGAAUACGUAACUGAAGAAUUCAGGAACAACUGCAAACUGUCAGAUCCAUCUUCCAUUCAGCAGAAGAUUAAGCUUGCCCAUAACUACACUUUUCUUCUUAACAGUGUGCACCAUCACCAGGACCUAUUGUUCUCUUACAACAUUGCUGUGGAUAGAUCAGAUGAGAUGAAAAAAGUACUUGGAAAAUCGGCUGCAAGUGUUGGUCUUCAACUUCCUGAGGUUUAUCAGCCUUGAUAUUUAGUCGGCUAUAAUCUGCUACAUCCUAUUCUGGCAGAGAAAAUUUGCCCCCACCGAACAAUGUAGCCUGUGGAAUUUUGGAUUUUUAUUCAUAAAUAUUCAGUUGUAUUUGUUUGCUGCCAACAAUGGCAAAGAAUAAUUUGUUUGACUGGUUAUCUGUUUUGACCAACGUAAAAACAAGUUCUGCUACUGCGGCUGAAUUGAUCAA